CGGGAUGGUCCAAUCUUCUACGACAACUUCAUAAACUUAACGAUAUGGCGCGACUCCGUAAGGCGGCAGCUGCUCAACCUGCUGCAACGACGGCACUGGCUGCGCGUCACGCGCUUCGCGAGAAAACCAACACGACACGAGUCAAUACUGCGAGUCGCAACGAUGAUAGUAACACGGAGAAUCUCGUGAAGGAUAAGAAGGCGGCGCGCUCGCGAACCCGCGCCUCGCAAUCGAAAAUCGGAAAUGAGGAACACAUGAUGACUGGCGGACUUGGUCAAAGAGGCACUGGCACUGGUACUGAAGAAGAAGGCGUGGACGCGCGCACCGACAACUUGACGACUGCAGCCACCGCGAGAGGUCAGCGUCGACCUGCGCGCGCCGCUCGAAAAGUCAUGCAAAGCGAUCGCGACAAGCAAGUUCUUGCAGAAGUGAGAAAACGUAUGGAAGCGACCGCUCGGGGGCAGCGCACCAAUGGACCAGAGGCUGUGGCCACUUCCCAGGCAAGCGCACCCUCCACGGACAUUCUCGUACACAAAUCACCUGGAUUGUCGUCUCCGCCCGUGCAAGAUAGAGCGCCCGUUGGAAUUGGUCGCAGGCGCUCUUCGACGGUCCAGCCUCCAGGAUCCGUGUUGAGAUUGCAGAAUACACCGGCGCUCGAGAGCAGCCUACUCGCUCUGAAGAACUUUAGGCGAAGGCCGCGACAGCACAGCAUAUUACACAUGGUGCAGCAAAGGACCGCUAGUGCAAGACCUUCCGCCGCGCAUGUUACUGAUAGGGAGCAUUCCACCCUCUCAGGGUUAGAUCUGGGACUUGAUACGGACGAUGACGACGUCGAUGAUUUCGCACCAGAUGCAGAAGGAACGCCGAUCAAGGUGGCGGCUCCGGUCUCUGAUCUGACCAAAAGCGCGAACUUGAGGGAGCGAAGUUCUAGCAUUACCUCUGAACAUGUGGAUCAAUCGACCACUGGUCGCUCGAAACGACAGAAGGUUGCGGUACCAACCUCUCAAGUUCCCGAUUCUCAGAUUGAUCAGGCUGAUGAUGAUGAUGACGUCGUAAUCCCUUCUUCUCGGCGGUCAACAAGCCCGGUCGAUCGUGAAGUUCUGGUCAUAAACUCAGAGACGUCUUCGCUUUCCUCCACCCCGCCCACAGAGCCGCCCUCACCAAUACCGGGCUGUGCCUUGCCGAAUGAUGAUGCUGUCAUUCCAUCAACUGAAGAAGGACACCGGGUUUUACACAGCGCGGAACACGAUUUCGACGACGAAGGUGUUGAUCAGACCCUGGCUGAUCCGCUCAGCAGCAGUCCGCAAAGGCCAGGGCCUAUGAAUAUGGCUCCUGGCGGGACCCAGGCUGAACCUCUCUCUCAAUUCUCCCCGCCACCCGCUCACCGAACGGCCAAGCGAACGCGCAACGUCAAAUCUAACACUGUACUGACUGCUGCGCUCACUUCUCUGCUCCCAAAACGAAGACGAAUAAUCGGUCCACGUGCUCGAAGAAACAAUGACGAUUUCGAUGCGCAAUCGGACUCGGAUCAAACUGAUGUCCAUCAAGAUACCAGCCUAUUCGAAGACGAGGAAGACGAGCUAGCAAGAUCAAGCAGGCGGCCACCCUCCCGCGCCGCCCCACAAAUGACUCGUUCCGGACGAGCCGAGGCGUCGAACAGAUCCGCUGGUCAACGAAAGGCGGCAUCGGCCGCAGCCAAUGCAUCCAAAAACACUGCGAAGACAACAUCUACAACUUCCAAGCCCACCCGGAGAACAUAUGGUCGUGGCAAUACAACCUCGGACCAGGAGAAUGAAGAACAGAUCGACGACGGUUCCGAGGGCAGCGGCGUCGACGUCUCAACGACAAUGCACGAAGUCGCCCAGGGCAAAGAGCUCGAGGACGCGCGCAAGAAAUUCGCUGAGGUCGACGAUUGGGCAAUGGAGUUUGAGAGCAUGAGCGCGGAAGACCAUCGCAGUUCCAGCCAAGGAUGGCGGUGA